AAUAUUGGCCUGUCAAUAUUCGACAUAUGUGAUUUGCAUACUAGGUAUAUACUAUGAAUGAACGUGCGACUUAGAUUAUCCCUCAAAUUCGAUAUCCGUUUGUGUAUUUUACUUGUAUUGUGUUCCCUUGGAUCUUUGGUAGAAAAAUAAUAAAAUCUCACAUUCGCUGAUUCAUCGAGCAUGGCGUUUAAUCUUAUCUAAGUUUAUCUGAUCAUGCAGGUUGACCUGAUAUCAUGUACCUGUGGUAUAAAAUGCGCAUAAAACGUUUUCACGUCGUUUAACAUAUUUAAAUAUUCCAAGAAUUGUGUAGCGUAGAAAGCGGAAUUAACAAUCUGUGCCAGAAUUUAAAUCUUAUUCAUGAGAAAUCAAAACUCUUGUGUCGCUUCGGUGCUCGUUUAUCAAUCAAGCAAUAAAUGUCAGUGUGUUCCUUGCCAAAUAAAUUUAUCAUAACUUGUAGUAUGAAUAUAAAGUGUUGUUUCCGCCCCAAGCUAUCUUCGACGCACUAUCCAGCACUAUCUCAGUCAGUGGAGUAGUAUAGUUUGAUCAGCUUUGAACCACAUACUCGUUGUUCUGAAUGGUUUGAAAUUUUCUCGCACUGUGACACCAAAUUUAUUACGCAGUCACUCGAUCAUUCAAGUGUGAAAAUCGCAAUACUGUCGCAAUAAUCACAAUUUGAAAAUGUACAUGAGAUGUGUCACUGGUACAAUCGAUAAACUGCAUCCUUCGGUAAAUUUAAUGCACCACUUUCCAGAAGCAGAAAUAAUAUUGAGUGAAAUGUUUCAUUUAGACUAAAUAUUAGGUGAGAAUAAGAUAUCUGCAAAUUAAAGACUGAGGCUGAGGACCAUAUUUGUUGAAUAAUUCGAAAAUAUUCAAAUUCUAAAACACUAAAAAGUUUUCUGUAUCCUGCUGUAAAAUUAAUCCAAGGUGGUGAAUAGUUAUUUUGUAUUCCAUUUCUGACAUGCUGUGUAUUUGUGUAGCAAAAUUAAUUGGUAGUUAUCGUGUUCUGCAUUUAGCAUCAGACACCGGUAUAUACUCUGUUUAAUAUAAACUGUAACCCUCAGUUUCUUGGCAACGCUUACAAAUAGUACGGUUCUCUCCGUUCCGGAGAACACUCAGCUCAGUUUCCAUGGAAAUACACGACUUUUAAGUUUUCUGAGCAGAACAAAGUAUGAAGAAAAAUCCAAUAUAAAUAAAUGAUAAGUACAGUGUAAAUAAGGUAGUGAAAACGAUGAGUGUGUAAUAGCAUAUUUACGUUCAAACUGUAGGCGAUAUAUGCGCAAUGCGCGUCUGAUUUUGACUGUACCGAUUAAAGUUUAGAAUACUUGAAACAUGUCAAGUAUCGAAUUAUAUGCAAAAAGUGAACAAGCUGAAAAGCAACUUGCAGUUUUGUAUUCGGUCUCUGCAAUCUUGUCAACGACAUCCACAAUUUGUCUGCUCAUAGUAUGGCAGCACUGGGCUUGGACUCUAGAUGUUUGUAUUAGCGUAGAUUGUGGGUGUAUUUUGUAUGGUGUCAACACAUUCAGUACUUUUAUGGGGGGCGAUGUUAAGCUGUGCCAUUUCACAUCAUAUGGUCUAGUUCCGGUACUGACUGUCGGGCUGGUUCUUGCAAUUUAUCAUGGUUACAGAACAUGCAUUAACAGAAACUUAGGGGAUCCUAAACAGAUUCAAAUGACAUCUUCAUCCGACCAUAGGGCACAGCAGGGAAAUGUCGUUGUGGUGGGACCCAAACGAAGAACUAUUUGUAAGCGAUGGCUUUUAGCUGGAUUUUUAGGAGUGUUCAUCUUUUUUCUCUCCCUAUCACAUGCUGUACUGUUAACUGACGGGUACUAUAAAACCUGUAACCAAUAUCGAAGGAACAUGGUUCAACUCUUAGGAUCGAGCGGUCGUGAAGUUCAGGUGAUUCAUAAUCGCUUAUCUUGUGGAGCCGUGUUUGAUUACAUGGAUUAUCUACAGCCAGAUGCUAAUAACUGGAGACGCGGGGAUGAGAUCAAUACCGGACUAUCCUUGCAAUUAGCUAUUACAACCAGUUGGUUUAACUUGUUCGCAUGGAUAGGUAUUCUUACUAUAAACUUUCUCAUGGCUAGAGAGAGGCAGAUUGAUUUGAAUGGGAAAAGUUGUUGUUGCUGGUGACUACAAAUUAUAUUUCAUUACUAAAGAUCAAAUAUUAUUUCGAUAAUUGAUAUCCAUAAUAAUUUCAAGGAAUUACUCAUAACGCAAAUUGUCUUAGAACUCCGAUAUUGAUCUUAGGUAUACCGUAAUGCAAACAACAUAUUUAGACUUGACGUAUACAUACAUCAGACACAUGACACCUUAGUAUGAGUUAAAGUAUUUUUUAAAAGAUAUACUAUGAAAAAAUUGUUUAUUUCUCAUAUCACAUGAUAAUAGACUUUAUUUGUAGCUGUCUUCUUUUUUUUAUACAUAUAGGUACAUUUUUAUUCAUUUCAUGUAUGUACAUUGUACAUCAUUCAAUUAAUCACUCAAAUGAUAAAUGUAAUAAAUAAUAUUACAUUAAAGCCGCCUUAGUAGACAAAACAGUUCAGCACAUAAAUGAAUAUUCAUACCACUGAAUAUUCCAUCAGCCAAGUAUUGAAACUUUCGAAUAUAUUAUAUUUGUCCUAAGAAUAGUAAGAAUAUGGUUGAAUUAAUAUUGUAGACCUGCACUAUACUUGCAUCUAGUACAUUCGAUAAGAAAUGUGGACAACUAUACAUAUAAUAAUUUUAAUAACAAUAUAAUAUAGUAAAACAACAAAACUGUAUACAUAAAUAAAUAUACGGCUGUAAUCUCUUGAAAAAAAAUAUUUCGAAAACGUCGACAACAUUUGAUUUAGAAAACUCAUGAUUUCAGUUAUAAAAUGAAGGCAAAGCAGGGUAAUAGAUUCAUCGUAGCAACAAUUCCUCGCACAUUGUGAAGAAAUUUGAUUAUUUAAGAACGCGACAAGUGUGGUUCUUAAAUUACCAUUACCGACUUGACAAUAACUGUUGGCAUAUUAACAUAACAAAGAUGCUGAUGUCAAAUAAAUGCUAACGUUAUUUCUCUACUUCAACCUCAGGCACACCUCAUUAAUUUGUGUAUAUGUAUACUAUCUCGUACCUUUGUAAUUUAAAAUACAAUUACAAGUUUAAACGGAAUUUUUUUAAAUGCUGAAACAUUUGCUUUACAGACCGUGAAUAAAUCGAAGUUAGAGAGACACAGGUUACAGAAAAACAAAGAUUCAUUUACGCAUCCCUACGAAGAAUAGAAAAACGACAAAUUAAAAGCAAUAAAUAUGCAGUUACUAGAAGCUAUCAAGGGGUGGAAUGUGAUCAAUGUUGUUUCAACUCACAAGUAUUCAAGGAAAUCUAAACAUAUAUUACAACCCUUGCAUUCAAUAGUUGAUAAAUAGUAGCAAUUUUAUGAAGCAUUUUUUUUUUUUUUCGAAAAUAUCCUGCUUCCCAUUCUCAUAUUUAAUAAAUCUGGUAAUAUGGGAAUAGUAGAAAUAAUCGUAAAUUAAUAACAAUAAUAUUAAUAAUAAUAAUAUUAAUAACAAUGGCGUGAAAAUACCUUCAAUAUUUGGUCCGUAUGGAUUUGAACUUAAGAUGGUGAAGAAAAAUUUUAUUUAUACGAAAUCGGAAAUUGAUUUCAUAAAGUACGAAUCCAAAUUUAGUUAUCAGUAGCUAAGCCUGAUCAUUAUUUUCGUGAGAAACGUUUGAGUGAAACCCAAUGAUAAAUCUAAUUUACUCUGGGUUUUCGACUCUCAAAAAUACAUA